UGCAGGAUGAGUGCAUGUGAAGCCUGCGGGAAAACCCAGAGAUCCGGUGUGACGCUGCACAGGCUCCCUCAGGAAGAAGAGAAGCGCCAGCACUGGAUCUCCAGCAUGCAGAAAGCUGCAGGAUGGAGCCCCUCGGAGUCUGCGCAGUUGUGUUCAGAUCAUUUCACCUCAGACUGCUUCCAGUCUCCAGGACAGCUACACUCCCAUGCUGUCCCUUCUGUCUUUCAGCCAACGGAAGAAACAUCGGAUGCAUACCCAGACACCUCAGAACACAGGUUUUGUGAGCGCUGUGAAAAACAACUACACCUGAUUAAGAAGUCGUACAAACUAAAGCUACUUUCGGCCCAACUAAAGGUGAAGAAAUACGAAAAGGAGCUGAGUGAGCAGUCCCGCAAGAUGACUAAGCUACAGAGAAAAGUGAUCGUUUUACAGACUGCAAUGAAAGUCAUGAGCAUGAGAAAGAUGUCAUCUACACCAAAAUGA